UAGACAUUCAGCUUUGCACUUGCAGUCAGCCAAAGUGAAAUCAGAUAUGGCGAGCCAUUGCACAAACAAUGUAAAUGAUUCAACACAAAACAAAGUGUGUGGAUCUUCAGCAGUUCAAGCUCUUCUAAGAGUUCAAGUUAAGAAUGGGUUGCCUCUGUUCACGUUUGCUGUUGAUAACGAGAGUAAUAUUCUUGCAGCUACUGUGAAGAUGUCAAGUGCAUCAGGGAAGGGUGAUUAUGGAUACAUUUACACAUUCUUUUCCAUUCAAGUAGUCAGAAAAAGAAUGGAAGGUGGAUAAAUCAGGGCAAAGGUCAGGAUUAUGUCCCUAAUAUUGUUGCCCAGAUGAAGGUCUCUGGUUCCGAGUUUUCUCAUUUGUCCAGGCCGAACUAUGUGGAUCAAUUUAGCAUCAGAGAAUUUGUUCUUCUUACCUUGGAUUUAGGACAGUCAAAUCCACAAGCUUCUGAUUUCCAGUCAAGAAAUGAGCAGGCAGCUAUCGUUGUCAAGAUCCCAAAAAGGAACAGAAGAAUUCCAAUCAGAGAUGGGUACUUGAUUGACAAGUGUAACAGCUUGGCUGAGGCUACAUUAAAAGAGCGUCGACCAGGGGUGAAACUUGAAUUUGAUUCUGGGAAAAUUGGUCCUCUUAUGGAUGGUCCAGACAUUAGUGCUGCAGUCAUACUUCCAAGUGGUGUACAUAGCGUGCCAAAUAAAGGUGAACCUUCAUCACUAAUCCAACGAUGGAAAUCAGGUGGAGCAUGUGAUUGUGGUGGUUGGGAUUUAGGUUGCAAGCUUGGGGUUCUUUCCAAUAAGAGCCAAUUCAGUCAUGGAUCUGAUUUCGAACUCUUUUUUCAGGGAGGAGAUCAAGACAAGAAGCCAUUUUUCAGUUUGGCCGCUUUCAAGGAUGGGAUCUAUUCAGUUGAGUUCAAUUCUUCGCUCUCACUUAUGCAAGCAUUUUCCAUUUGUAUAGCAGUUUGGGAUAGUAGGAAAAACAGUGUGCUUUCAGAACCAGAACCAGUAACCACCUCUGAAGAAAGAACUUCGGGGAAAAACAUACUAAAUGGAAGAUUAAAUGCUCCUAAUCCUAUAGAAGGUGAUACUGCUGCUAGAUAUGUCCAAUAUCCACCUGUUUCCCCAGUCGGAAGGGUCUAGUUCGACACUACGAAUGAUAUGAUGUAAUUAAGUGAAAGAUAGAAUUAUAUAUAUAUAUAUAUAUCUGGUUUAUUGGUUGGGCAAUGUCGGUGAAAUAUGUGUCACCGGUAAGGUAAGGGUCACCAAUGGAGAAUAAAGGCUUGUCUAUAGUAGUCGCGGACUGGUUCCCUGCGAGCUUUGGAGCAUUGUAGUUUGAUCUACUUAUGACAAAUGAUUCAAUAUCAUCUGUAGUACAAGCAAAAUAUUUUGAUCAUUGUAAGCGUGCAUAUAAAAUCAAGCGAUUAU